AACAACAGGAGUGCGAGAAUGUUUAAAAAAUUGGAAUUCUUAUAAAAUAUAUUUAAUUUAAAAUAUAAUGUAUUUCCGCCAUAAUACUUAUAACUGUAUAAAAUCCUAUUUAUGUUUCUUGAGUCGCAAUAUAUCCAAAACAUCUCGUAUCAUUCCUAAACCUAAUUUGUCGGCAUCGGCGUACCAGCCAGCAUUUGUGGAAAAGCAUGUAUAUCAGGAAUGGGAGAGGAAUGGUCUGUUCACACCGGAGAAUUUCAGCGAUAAACCAUCUUUCAGCAUGGUGCUCCCGCCUCCUAACGUUACUGGGAAGUUGCAUUUAGGUCAUGCCCUAGCUGGCACAGUCCAAGACGUGAUCGUCAGAAGGAAAAGGGCUACAGGCCACAAUGUACUCUGGUUACCAGGCACAGACCAUGCCGGUAUUGCUACACAGGGUGUUGUUGAAAAAUACUUAAAAAGCCGUCACAAUCUCACCCGCCACGAGUUGGGACGCGACAAAUUUAACAAGGAAGUCUGGAAAUGGAAGGAAAAACAUGGCAAUACCAUCUGCCAACAACUCAGGACUAUGGGCUACUCUCUAGAUUGGGGCCGUGAGAUGUUUACAAUGGAUCGUAAGCAUAUAAAUGCUGUUAACAAAGCGUUUAUAAGACUGUUUCAGAAGGGAUUGAUUUAUAGACAGAAGGCGUUAGUGAAUUGGUGUAAUACUCUGCAGUCCACUGUAUCGGAUAUUGAAGUGGAUAAUAUGGAGAUUACUGGUCCAACAGAGUUGCGGUUACCAGGAUACAAUGAGCCAGUGAAGUUCGGCCAGCUAUAUGACGUCGCGUACAGGAUAUGCGACAGUACGGAGGAGGUUGUGGUAUCGACGACGAUGCCAGAGACCAUCUUGGGAGACGUUGCCGUAGCUGUGCAUCCAGAUGAUCCCAGAUACAAACACCUCGGAAAGAAGCGAGUCUUCCAUCCUUUCAACGGCAUAACUUUACCGAUCAUUUUCGACGAUUUCGUCGACAUGAAAUUCGGGACUGGAGCCGUCAAAAUAACUCCCGCCCACAGCAAAAUAGACUAUGAGGUUGCUAAGCAACAUAAACUGCAGCUCCAUCAAGUCAUAGAUGAACAAGGAUACAUUAUAAACUCUAAAGACUUCAAUGGAUUAAAAAAGUAUCAAUGUCGAGAAGAAAUUGUUAAGAGAUUAGAUGGAAUAGGACUUCUAAAGAAGGUAACACCACAUUCGAUGACUCUACCGAUUUGUAGUAGAACCAAUGAUGUUAUAGAGUAUUUACCUAAAGAACAGUGGUUUUUAAACUGCAGCAGUUUAAAUAAGAAAGCAAUGGAUGUCGUAGAGAAGGGAGAAUUAAAGAUACAGCCAGAGAAGUUUGUAAAGAAUUGGAUGAACUGGUGUAAAGAUGAUAGGGAUUGGUGUGUUUCGAGGCAGUUAUGGUGGGGGCAGGAAAUUCCGGGAUAUAAGUGUAGUUAUGCAUCAAAAAUUACUUGGGUAGCAGCUAACGAUGAAAAUGAGGCCAAAGAUAUAGCUGCAAAGCUGUUAGAUACAGAAGCAGAUAGAAUACAAGUGGAAAAAGAUACAGAUGUUUUGGAUACUUGGUUCUCUUCGGCAAUUUAUCCGUUUUCUUCUUUAGGAUGGCCGGAUAAGUAUAGCUUGGAUUACGACAAGUUCUAUCCCUUGAAUUUAAUGGCUACAGGGCAUGAUAUCUUAGGUUUGUGGGUGCAUAGGAUGGUAAUACUUGGUUUCGAAUUGACUGAUAAUCUUCCGUUUAGAAAUGUCUUACUCCAUGGAAUAAUUUGCGAUAAUAAGGGCUCAAAAAUGUCCAAAAGCAAAGGCAAUGUCAUUGAUCCUAUUGAUGUUAUAAACGGGAUUUCUUUAGAUGAACUUAAAAAGAAAACUGAGAAGAUGUAUGGAGAUGGAAUUCUAAGUAAAAGUGAAUUAGUAAAAUCUUUGGAAUACCAUAAGAGCAAUUUUUCGAAUACAAAAGGUAUACCAGAAUGUGGAGUGGAUGCAUUGAGGUUCACAUUAUUGUCACAAGAUAUUAAGUCGCAUUUUGUCAACUUUGAUGUGAACAUGUGUCAUUCAAACAAAUUAUUUUGUAAUAAAAUAUGGCAGAGUGUGAAAUACACCCAUCUACAGUUUGCUAAAUUGAAGGAACUGCCGAAAAAGAGGACCAUUUUAGAAAAUGAUUUGACUUUCUUCGAUGCAUGGAUUUUAAGCAGACUAGCACAUAUGAUAGAUAUAGUCAACACAUCCAUGGAAAACCAUGACUAUCACUUAGCUACAAAAGCUUUAAGAACCUUCAUUUACAAUGAAUUUUGCGAUGUAUACUUGGAAACUACUAAACCAGGUUUUGAACAUAAAAACCUGAAAAUUGGUUAUGCCCACGCUCAUACUUUGAGCACUGUUUUAAACGCGUCUCUAAGAUGUUUAAAUCCUUUUAUGAUUUACUUGACAUAUGAUCUGAUACCGAGGAUACCUCAAUUCGAAGAAAGUAUUAUAUACAACUUUAAUGACUAUAACGAAAAAUAUUAUAAGUACCCUCAACCUGAUGAGUUUAGAAAAUGGAGAAAUAUUAAUUUGGAAACUCAAGUAGAUCAGUUUCUAAGUGCAAUAUUUUUAGUUAGACAACUGAAAGGAUAUUACAAUAUAUCUAACAAACUUAGGCCAACCGUGUGUAUAAAUACAACAAAUAAUGUAUUAAAGGCUGAUAUAAAUAAGUAUAAUGAUAUAGUAAAAAAUCUAACAAAAUGUGACAAUAUUCAAUUUGGUGAAGUAACAAACAAAAAUUUCGUAAGUGGACAGCUAGAUGAAGAUACUAAAAUAUAUGUAGAAUUAUUAGGUAAAGAUAUAGAUUUAGCUAUGAGAGAAGCUAAAACUAAACUAAUGAAAAAAGUAAACAAGUUAGAAGAUUAUUUAGCUAAGUUAGAACAGAAGAUGUCUAGUCCGAAUUAUGUGAAUUUGUCAGAAUUCACGCGAAUGACAGACAGAGAAAACGAAAAGAGUAAAAGAGAGGAGUUAAUGCAGUUGAAACGAUUAGUUGUUGAUGAUGUAUUCAUAACAGACGACAAAGGCAAAGAUGAUAACAUGAAAUUGUCCUAGUCGCUUAACUAAUCGUGAAGAAAUUUCAAG